GGCUGCAGCCAGCGGAGCUGAUUACUAGUUUGUUGAAGCCUCCGGAGACGGAGACGGGCACUAGGACCCCGCAGACUGGAGCAGCAUGACCGCCGUCUAUUCCAGCCUCCCCCCAGCGCACGACAAGCAGCUCGGCAUGGUCCAGGAGCUGGCCAUGGACGACCUCGGCUACACCAUCAUCGAUUCCUGCAGCAUCAAGAAGGAGGAGGACGAUCUGGGGAAGUUCGUGGACUUGGACUUUAUUUUGUCGCACACAACCAGCAAUAACCCCGGAGGGGGCGGCGGGGGCCCCACCUACCCCCUGCCGGAGACCCCGGAGAGCUGCAGCACCACCUAUGACAGCGAUGGCUCCUACCCCCCCGGGCACAAGUAUGGCAGCCCCCAGCACAGCUACGUGGCGGAGCUGCUGACCCCCGACCUGCCGGACUACAGCCUGAAGCCCCCCAUGUCCUGCAGCCGGAAAUACACGGAGCUGAGGGCCACCGGCAUGGACAACCAGGGGCCCCUGUCCAUGGAGCAGAUCCAGCACCUGGGCCACAAGAUAAAGAAGGAGCGGCCGGAGCAGUCGUGCAUGCUGGGGGCCCCGACUACACCCGACUGCAUGGAGCACAAGGCUGGCGCUAUCAUGCACCUGGGGGGCCCUGCCUACAGGAUCAGCCCCGGGGGCCACGCGGAGGAGAUGACCCUGAAUGACUGCCACCUGAUGGCCGCUGAGUUGCACUUCCUGCCCCAGCAGUACCAACCCUACCCCCCAGCCUUCCCCGGCCAGGGGCCCCCACAGUUCCAUGGACACUUCGGGGUGUACAGGGACGCCAUGAAGGUGCACCCCGCCAUGCACGGCAUGUUGGUCACCCCCCCGUCCUCCCCGCUGCUGGAGUACUACCCGGCCAUGGGGGCCCCCGACGACUGCAAGCCGAAGAGAGGGCGCCGCUCCUGGGCCCGGAAGAGAACGGCGACCCACAACUGCGAGUACCCGGGCUGCGGCAAGACCUACACCAAGAGCUCGCACCUGAAGGCGCACAUGCGGACGCACACAGGCGAGAAGCCCUAUCACUGUAACUGGGAAGGCUGCGGCUGGAAGUUCGCCCGCUCCGAUGAGCUCACGCGCCAUUUCCGCAAGCACACCGGCCACCGCCCCUUCCAGUGCCACCUGUGUGAGCGCGCCUUCUCCCGCUCCGACCACCUGGCCCUGCACAUGAAGAGGCACAUGUGACCCCAGAGACUGCCGUGCCCCCGCGUGGGCGGGGCUGUAUAUAUGUCUGUACAUUGGGCUAUUUAAGGCGGAGCCAACCAGAUCUAUAAUAUAAAUAUAUUAUUUAAAGAGUCGGACCAGGGAAGACGCCGCAAUUCUCUGUAUUUUGUACAAUAUUUGUAAAAAUUGAGCUUCUUGCAUUUUUGUAAGGUGAAUUGAAGUUUUAUUUUUUGCUGAUCUGGAAGUUUCAGCUCUUUAUUAUACUGUAAGAGUCUAGAAAGCCUGGGGGGUGGGGGGCCUCCAGAAGUGUUGGAGUUAAAUUUUAUUUUAUUAAACUAAAGUAUUGGGGAAAAUCUGCUCUUAAAGUGCAAUUACUGCCAGUCACCAGCGCCGCCUGCUGGCCGCCAGUGUGCACUGCACGGACCUGUACAUAGCAUUUAUUACUGCUCAGGACACUUUGGGUCCAGUUUUUUUUACACUUUGUUCUUUUUUGUACAAUACUUUUAAUGUCUUGUUGCUUCCCCUGUAGGGGGGGCCGGUACUGUCUGCACUGCCGCCUGAUUCCUCCUGUAAAUAGCUGUACAAUAAAAACCCAAUUUGUCAAGGAUCUCAGGA